AUGCAACGUGUUCUUCGCUCUCAUUGUCAUCAUUGGCUUGUUGGAACAACAAUUUGUGAAAUUCUCGGCUCUAAACUACCAACUAAUGAACUCAUUUUAAAACAUUAUCUGUUUCUAAGGGACAAUAGUUGUGGUCCAGCUACUUCUACUAUUCGAGUCCUCGCUAAGAUCAUCUAUGAUGAAAUUAUCUCCCGUGUUUGGAAAAGAUCUCGCAUUCCGACUAAGCCUGAGAAGGCUUGCUUAGAUCAGUUGGUAAAACUCGUUAAAACAUAUGAGACUUUGAAGAAAAUUCCAAAUAAUAGAUUGAAUUCUCUAAAAUCCCAACAGCAGAUUCAAAAGUUUUUCGAUACACUAAAAUGUCUUUUUGACAUCUCUCACUCUAAUGCCUACAGUUUGUUGGAACUAUCUGCUAACAGCCGGUCAGUCACUCGAAACCCAGAGUGGAAAGUUGAUUGGGAUUUUCUACUUGGGCAACGCAAGGUACCACAGGAAGGCUGUAUGGAUGGAGUUGACAAAAUUUUAGCUGGAAAAGAAAGAGAAAGACAGGAACGAGAAGAAUUAAUUGAACAAAGGAAAAGUAAAGAACUAAAUCGAAUUGCUCAGACAGAAGCAGUUGAAAGUGAAAUGGACUCGUCAAUUGAAGAACAGCAAAGCGACAACCUAGAGGAUGCAGACUCUUCAUUUGAACAUGAAACUGCCUUUGAAAAUGAGAGUGAAGUAUUGUUACCAAGGGAUUUAAUCACUCCGACUUCAAGUACUGCUCUCAGGAUUGGCCUGUCUACUCGACAACACACUGUCAUGCUUGCUUCUUUCGUGAACACAGUAACUGGAAAAACCAAAACACCCCUUUCUAAUGUGACGCUGUCUGUCGGAAGUGUGGAACGCAAAAGAUCGAGAGAAAUCGAAAGAAUUGCAAGGGCUGUGAGGGAAAAUUAUAAACCUCCUCGAUAUGGUACUAUUCACUAUCUUCCACUGGAGUGGCACAAAAGGAUGCGUGUAUCCAAGCUUACUGAAUGGAAACUUAAAGACAACGUUAUUGCUGCCGUUUACGAUACAACUGCAAGUAAUUCAGGCGUAAAUAAUGGUGCAACUGUACUGUUAGAAAAGGAACUUGGACGUCCUUUUCUUAAUUUCCCAUGUCGUAGGCACAUUGCAGAGUGCCACAUAAAACGAUCUCAGAAGAAAAUUGGAGGCUCAACAACCGGACCAAUGUACAAGCUUUUUUCAAGAUUUAAAGAAGACUAUAAUAGUUUCCAACAGCUUAUUACCGAAGAAUUUGAGGUUUUAGAAUACGAUGAACUGGGUCCAUUCAUGACGUCUCAAGCGAAUGAAGUUAAAGAGUGGGUUGAAAACUGCUUGAAAAACAAUACUUCCUUAACCUCAUCAGCGCCCGCAAAUGACUUACGAUUCCUUUGCGCAAUGCACCAAUAUGCGUUAGUAGAUAAAGAAGCUGCAAACAAAGCAAUUCACUCGAUCAACUUGCAUUUAGAUUACUUGACGCAAGAACUUGUGCCUUUUGCACUGUUUGAUCCAAGACUUGCAGAGGAAGAGAAAAACAAAUUGGCUCAUACUCUCAUAUCAAUUCCUAGACCACCUGAAUUCGUAGUAGGAAAACCAAAGACACCAACAAUUAACUGGCGUCAAGAUGACCAACCCAUACUCUCAGAUCUUCUAGGAGAGAGGUCAUGGCUUAUGUUUCAUUUGUUACAACUGCACAAUCGCCAACAGUGGAUGCUGGUGUCGAGUAAUUUAUGGAUCCUCUUUGAAGACUUUCGCGUGGCCAAAGAAUUUGUUGACUCUCUUAUAACAGUUAACGAUUGCGCAGAGAGGGGGCUUAAGCUAAUUGGUGACUAUCGAGACAGCUGUUAUGAUAGAAAAGAAAGAGAGUCCCUUGCUCAGUUAGUAGAACAACACCGUUCUCGUUUCAGUAUCUCUAAUGUGACCAAAGAAACCAUGCAAAAGUUGUAA